GCAGAGUAUAAUUUCGCGCGCUAUUAACUUCCUCAAAAAUGCCUUCUGGUAAAGGUCUGAUUUUAAAAUUUACGCGUAUCGUUCCUGAAGCAUUUUCACCCAUCAAGGGCUCUGUGAAAGCGGCGGGCUACGAUUUGAAGAGCGCACAGGAUUGUCAAGUUCCCGCACGCGGUAAGGCCAUAGUUUCCACUGGCAUCAAAGUACAAUUGCCGGAAGGAUGUUACGGAAGAAUUGCUCCACGUUCGGGUUUGGCUGCGAAGAACUUCAUCGAUGUCGGAGCGGGUGUCGUUGACGAAGACUACCGGGGAGAACUGAAAGUGAUACUCUUCAAUCAUUCGGACUCCGCUUUUGAAGUAAAGGCAGGUGAUCGCAUCGCGCAGUUGAUAUGUGAAAAGAUUUUCUAUCCCGAUAUCGAAGAGGUUAAAGAGUUAUCGGAGACUGAGCGAGGUGAAGGUGGAUUUGGAUCUACAGGAAAAAAUUAAAUGUUAUCUUUAAGUUUAUAUUUAAUGCGGGUUGUAAAAUAAAUAAUGUUCCUUUUUUGUA